GCGUGCGGUACCAUCUCUGAUAAGCGGCCACUCUUUUUCCCUGCUAAAGCCAAAACCCCCUUAAACAAAAACCAGGUUUAGGGUUUAACAAUCUCCGCCACAGCCAUGGAUAUGGCGGCAGCAACGGCUGAGGAAGGCGGAGCACCGCUCCGGACUCGCCAUAUUAAAAAGAGAGCUCUCAGGAACAAAUCACUCUCUGUUUCUUUCGACGAAAAAGAUCUCAAAGAUUUCGUAGGUGGUUUUCACAAGAGGAAGAAGAAGAGGAGAAAAGAGGCAUUGCAGCAGCAAGAAGAAGCUGGACGCCGUAAGCGCAUUGAGCUACGCAAAAAGAGAAAGUUGGAAAGAGAAUUUGUUAUGUCUGGUGGAGUUCCAGUGGAUCCAUCUGCUGUUACUGCAAAAUCUGACGAGGAGGACGAGCAAGACGAGCAAGAUGAGGAUAGUGAACCAGUUGUAUCAGUUUCAGGGACCAUGAUGUAUGACAAUGAUGAUGUCCAAGUCAUAGUGACUACAAGUGAAAUUUCCCGGGAGGAAGUGCUGCCAGUUGAUAAGUAUGAAGUAGAACAUGCUCCAUCUGUGCAUGCAUCUGAGACAGGCAAGCAGAAAACCCCUGUUGUUAGGAAGAAGCAACUGAAGAAGGCACCAAUGAAGAGGUCCCGCCCGAAGAUACAAAGGAAAAGAGAGAAGAGGAAGGGAAACAACAAGGAGAAAAGGCGCUAGUACUUAUGAUCUAGACUCGACCUUCUGUAUCGAAUUAGUCUUCGGUGAAUGAUCUUCCAAUUUGCCCCAACUAGUGGUUAACAGUAUUGCAUUGCAUGAGUGGCAAUUUUUGUUGCAGAAA